UGACAGGCCAGUGCUUGGCGACCCAGUUUCCCUAUGAGGAGUGAGGGGGCGGAGGGGGACGUGUGAUCCUGCAGCCCCUCUCCCUCCCUCUCUCUCUCUCUCUCUCUCUCUGACCCCGGGGCUCCAGCUACCAUAAAGGGAAAGUCCUGGAGCGGAGCGAGGAGCCGGGACACAGCGCGGAUCUCUCAGGUAGCUCCAGCCUCCUCCUCGGGAACUUUUACUCAUCUGUCAGACAUUGAUUUUCGAUCCGUGGAGGGAAAUCAGGGAUCUGUGAUUGAGAUCGCGAGUGAUUUCCGGUAGCCAGAUCCCAAACAGAGGUGCUAUUGAUUUCCAGCAACAGUAGCAGAGUGGCUGCCAUCCAGGGAGACGGACAGAGGAGGAGUUUGGAAAGUUAACAUCAUCAUCACUCAGCGGGACUCAUGCUCACAAAGGUCCAGACCAGCUUGGUCUCUUCCUCUUGAUCACUCUCCACACUCUGGGGAAGGCAGCAGCAGAGGUUUGGAUGCAGGUUGUAUAUUGGCUGCUGUGCCUUGGCCUGGCAAGUGCAGCCGUUGUGCUGCAGAGGGACCAGGUGGCCAAGAAUGCCAUCCACCUCUACCGGAGCAAGGGGGUCAAACAGGGCCACAGCUGGGUGGCCAGCAACUGCAAGCGCAUGGUGGGUCUCCUGCGUCAGAAGAAUGUGGUUGUCAAGAAGCUGGCUGCCGCUGCCAAUGCUGUUGGAAGAGACCUGGCGCUGUCGGAGUCCGAGAGGCACUUCCAGGUUCACACUCUGGAGGUUUUCCAGAAAGAGCUGAAUGAGAGCGAGCACCUGGUGUUCCAGGCGGUGCACAGCCUGCAGAGGGCGCUGCAGGGCGACUACAAGGACGUGGUGAACAUGAAGGAGAGCAGCAGACAGAGGCUGGAGGCCCUCAGGGAGGCGGCCAUAAAGGAGGAGCAGGAGUAUGUGGAGCUGGUGGCCGCAGAGAAGCACCAGCAGGAGGCUGUUAAGAUCGCUUUGGCCCAGAACAAGACUCUGUCCAUGCUAGAUGAAAUCCUGGAGGAUGUCCGGAAGGCAGCAGACCGACUGGAGGAGGAGAUCGAGGAGCACGCCUUUGACAACAACAAACUGAUGAAAGGAGUGAACGUAGAGGCAGUGCUGAGAGUGGAGGAAGAUGAGGAGAACGGAGGGAAGAGGAAAAACAAGUCCAGGCAUAAGGAAGUGGAGGAUGACCUGGGACUGAGCAUGCUCAUCGACUCGCAGAACAAUCAGUACGUUCUGACUAAACCACGAGACUCCACGAUGCCGAGAGUUGACCACCACUUCAUCAAGGACUUGAUGACAGUGGUGAUGUUGUCCUUACCUUGCGGCUGGAUUUGCUCUUUAGUCGGUCUGCCUCCAAUGUUUGGAUACGUCAUCUGUGGGGUCCUGCUGGGUCCUUCUGGCCUCAACAGCAUCAAGUCGAUGGUGCAGGUGGAGACUCUUGGGGAGCUGGGUGUGUUCUUCACUCUCUUUGUGGUGGGACUGGAGUUCUCACCUGAGCGCCUUCGAAAGGUAUGGAAGACGUCAGUUCAGGGGUCGUGCUACCUGAGUCUGCUGAUGGUGGGGGCUGGUUUGUUGUGGGGACAAGUCUUGAAUAUUCGACCCACACAGACGGUCUUCAUCUCCACCUGUCUGUCCCUGUCCAGCACUCCACUCGUGUCCCGCUUCCUCGCAGGAGGGAGCAGAGUGGACAAAGAAGGUGACUCGGACUACAGCAGUGUUCUUCUUGGGAUGUUGGUGAUGCAGGAUGUUCAGCUCGGCCUCUUCAUCGCUGUCAUGCCGACUCUGAUCCAGGCACAGAGUGGAGACAUGGACAGCCUCCUGUUUGAAAGCCUCCGCGUGCUGUACCUCCUGCUCCAGGUCCUGGUGUCCCUGGCUGCCGUGCUGCUGCUGUGUUUGCUUCUCAAGAAAUUUGUGAUUGGUCCUUAUUACAAGAAACUGCACGCUGAGAGCAAAGGCAACAAGGAGAUCCUGGUGCUUGGGAUGGCAGCGUUUGUCUUUUUCAUGCUGACGGUAACAGAGUAUCUUGACAUUUCUAUGGAGCUGGGCUGUUUCCUGGCUGGAGCUUUGCUGUCCACACAGGGUCACAUGGUCACCACAGAGGUCACGGGAUGCAUCGAGCCAAUCAGGGAUUUCCUCGUUAUCAUCUUCUUUGCCUCUAUUGGUCUCCACGUGUUCCCGACAUUCGUGCUGUAUGAGCUCACCAUCCUGCUGGUGCUUACAUUCACUCUCGUCAUUAUGAAGUUUUUCAUGGCUGUGCUGGUGCUCUCAGUGAUCCUACCUCCGGGCUCUCGACACAUUCGAUGGAUCGUCUCAGCCGGACUCGCGCAGGUCAGCGAAUUCUCCUUCGUCCUGAGCAGCCGUGCACGUCGAGCUGGCAUCAUCUCCAGAGAGGUGUACCUGCUGAUUCUCAGUGUCACCACUCUCAGUUUGCUGCUGGCUCCGGUGUUGUGGAGAGUAACCACACACAGAUGGGUUCCCCGGGUCGAGCACAAAACAGUCCCAUGAACAGAGAGCGACCUCAGGGCCCCAGCGGCCCCUGUGUGCACUGACUGUUACUCAGCCGGCAGCAGCGUCACGAGGAGCAGAAGUCAAGUCUUAUUUGUCCAUUCAGGAACUCUCUCAUGUUAAUGCACACACGGAUAUGACGCAGACUGUUGGACCAAAUGUUUCUCUUUCUCAAUUCAGCAGAAUCAACCCUCUUCAUGCAGGGCGAGGAUCUUCAUCAGCUCCAUUCUGGCAUUGUUAUGAAGGACAUCCUCUUCAAGCAUGUACACUAGGUACAAUAGCGAUGAGAUUAUUGUAUAAGGUCUUAUGUAAAACACAUAACAUGUAGUUUUAGGUUAUAUUAAUGAAGCCCUUCACUCUUCAGUCAACAACCCUGAAGCCUGGACAGAAUCUGUGGCAUAGAAAACUCCUGAUUGGGAAGCACAGCUGAUUUACAUGUUUAGUAGAGAAGCACAAAGAACUGGAUAUCCCUCCAGUUCUGAUGCUUUUAAUGCACUUUCUCUUAAAAAUGUGCACCUCAUUCAUGUUUCCACUUUGAACCUCACGUUUGCAUCUCUUCACUUGUAGCAAACACAUGGACCAAAUCUGAGGUUUCAACUCUAUAUGGUGUUUUUCUUUUUAUGUGUUGCUACAUUUCCUUGAUAGGAUGAUUUAAGACGUCCUCCAUCUUUCCUUUAGUUGACAUUACAGCUGACGUUAUUCAAAUUGAGUUUAUUAUGAAUGGCAGAUUCUGAUUGAAGUGCACACCUUCUCUCUGCUGUAUUUAAUAGAGGAUACAUGUUGUUUAAUCCUGAUUCUAUGUCUGUCCAUCCAGGUGUGAUACCUAAAAUCUGCAGUAACUCUUUUUACAUAUCUCUAAUGUCUCGUUGAAAAUCAUGGUACCUGUCGCAUCAGUAUUAAAGGAAUGAAUGUUAAUCAAGUAAUCUGAAUUUAGGCAGUACCUCACAGAAUGAUUUAAAUGUCAUGUGAAUUUAUUCAUUUGCGUUUAAGGAGACAUCCUGCACUGGUUACCACUGAAUGUCAAAACGAAUGAGCUAGCUCAUCACUCCUCUGCAGGAGCAGAGGAAAGACUGUAGGGGGCGUCAUCUCACUGUGAGAGAGCUCCGCUGUGCUGCAUCUCACACUGUACAUGUCCUUGUCUUACGAUUCAUAAUGUGCAAUGUUAAUGUGUGUAACACUACCACAUGUUAUAAUUGAAUGUUUUCUGAUAUUUUCCUGCAUUAGAUUUACAUUGAGGGUAUUUGAGUUUACGUGUGUGUGCGCUGGAUUAACGCUCCUGGGCACAAAGACAUGUUGCAAUCAAAAUGUUCAUGUAUUUUUUAAAUUAUUGAAAUGAAGUCAUUUAUUUAUUAAUAAAUAGGAACAAAAUAUUUACUACUCUG